AUGUUGCCUCAUUUCCGGCGAACAAGAAAUGGGGACCUCCUGUUGUACAGGAGGGAAGAGGCAGAGAAAGGCCUGGUCAAGUCUAUGCCGGGAUUAUGUGAGCCGCCAUCACAAGUCAAAGCCAAGGCAGUUAGGGCUGUAAAAUCCAAAAAUGGUGAUCCGAAGAAUGUCCAAAUUCUUCAUGGACAAUUCCCCAUCCAAUUUGGGAAAUAUCGGGGCCAGACAUUUUUAUGGAUGGUGGAAAACUGCCUCGGUUAUGCGGGCUGGCUUGUAGAUGCAAUGAGGAGAGAGACGAUCACUCAGGCUCCCUUGUCUCAGAACAAGCAUGCAUUUAAGGAUUACCUACUCUCUUUCCCUGAAGGUCGAGAUGUUGUCGAAUUGAAAAAGCAGCAGCGACUGAAAGAAGAGGAAAAGAAAAAGCCUCCGUUAACACCAGAGUUCUUAUUUUCACAUCUUCCUGCUGCGGAGGCGAGGAAAGUACAGCGUGAGCAAGCUGCCAGAUCUCGUCCGGUUGUUAAACCAAAGAUACCGAGUCCGAGGAAGAUGUCUGUGGAUGAUUUUUCAGAUACUGCGUUAUUAGGAGAAGUAGAAAAAAUAGAAAGCAAUCUGUUGAAAGGUAAUUUUUAA